CUCUCAUCAAAACCAACGAAAAAAAAUCUAGGCAAUAGGAGCAAUAUGACAUUUUUAUCAAUACAUCUUAAGAUCUAAUUCCUUCAAUUAGUUUGUAUAUACUUUACCAACCUGUACUAAGUAAGGAGGUAGCUUGUUCAAUCCAUCAUCUAUCAAUCUAUUCCAAAUUCAUUUUAACUUUUCAAUUUUUCAUUCCCUUUUACCAUCCGUCUCAUCCCAAGUAUAUAUAUAAAAAAUGUCUGCCUUCUUAGCUGCUUCAAGAUCUUCAGCUGCUUUGGCUGUUAGAGCUAUGGCUCAUAAACAGAUUAAUAUUUCUGGUUAUCAAUUGGCUAGAUUAUAUUCUUCUGGUAAAUUUCCUCCUCAUAUUGUCAUUAAUAUGCCAGCUUUAUCACCAACCAUGACUCAAGGUAACUUGGGUUCUUGGUCUAAAAAAGUCGGUGAUGAAUUAUCUCCGGGUGAAGCAAUUGCUGAAAUUGAAACUGAUAAAGCUUCCAUGGAUUUUGAAUUUCAAGAAGAAGGUUAUUUAGCUAAAAUUUUAGUUGAUUCAGGUGCUAAAGAUAUUCCAGUUGGUAAACCAAUUGCUGUUUAUGUUGAAGAUGCUUCUGAUGUUGCUGCUUUUGAAAAUUUCACAGCUGCUGAUGCUGGUGAAGGAGAAGCUGCUGCUCCAGCUCCAGUUGCUGAAGCUCCAAAAGAAGAAGCUAAGUCAGCUGAACCAGCUACUCCAGCUCCAACUUCAACCCCGGCUGCCACCAAAACUUCAGCUCCAACCACUAGAAUUUUUGCAUCUCCAUUAGCCAAAACUAUUGCUUUAGAAAAAGGUAUCGCAUUAAAGAACAUUAAGGGUACUGGUCCAAAUGGUAGAAUUAUUGCCAAGGAUGUUGAAAGUUAUAAGGCUCCAGCUCCUGCUGCUGCUGCUCCUUCUGUUCCUGCUACCCCAGCCGGUGCUACUUUUGAAGACAUUCCUCUUACUACUAUGAGAAAGACUAUUGCUUCUAGAUUAUUACAAUCGACUCAACAAUCUCCAACUUUCAUUAUUCAAUCACAAAUUUCUGUAUCAAAAUUAUUGAAAUUAAGAGCUUCCUUAAAUGCUUCUGCUGAUGAAAGAUAUAGAUUAUCAGUUAAUGAUUUAUUAAUUAAAGCUAUUGCUUUAGCUUCUUUAAGAGUUCCAGCUGUCAAUUCUGCUUGGUUUGGUGAUCAAGGUUACAUUAGACAAUACAGUAAUGUUGAUGUUUCGGUUGCUGUUGCCACCCCAACUGGUUUAAUUACUCCAAUUGUUAAGAAUGCUCAUACUAAAGGUUUAUCUGCCAUUUCUAAUGAAGUUAAAGAUUUAGGUAAGAGAGCUAAGGCUGGUAAAUUAGCUCCAGAAGAAUUCCAAGGUGGUACUAUUUGUAUUUCUAACUUAGGUAUGAACAAUGCUGUUAAUGCUUUCACAUCUAUUAUUAACCCACCUCAAUCCACUAUUCUUGCCAUUGGUACUACUGAUAAAAAGGCUGUUCCAUCUAAUGUUAAUGAACAAGGUUUUGUAUUUGAAGAUGUCAUUACUAUCACUGGUACUUUUGACCAUAGAGUUGUUGAUGGUGCUGUUGGUGGUGAGUUCAUUAAGGAAUUAAAGAGAAUUAUUGAAAACCCAUUAGAAAUGUUGAUUUAAGCAUCCUGAAGUCAUUUAUCACAUAACAUGAUCCCUUCUUAAUAUUAAAUAAAUUUUUGUAUUAAAUUCGUAUUGUUAUAUAAUUAAUAAAAACUACUCAUUUGU